AUGACAUCUACCCCACAAAAGACCGAUGCAGUUGCAUCAACGCCAGCCUCUGCAGGCACCUAUGAUAUCCGCGAAUUACCAGACUAUGACACUGAUUUUAUUCGACGCGAAGAUCUAAAGAGUUUUGCAGAAGCCCUAACUGCCCCCAGUACCGAGCCCGUGACGGCUUUGAAUGAUUGGGGUCCAGUGAGACAGCGUGUGAAGAGAAGUCGAGUCCGACGGAAAGCGGCGCCGCGAUCCAAGGAUGAGACUCGCGAAGGCUUCGUCUAUACGAUCCUGUACUAUCCUUUAUUGCUCAUUGUCUGUGGCUGGAUAGUGUUUCUCUUCAUCAUUUACAAUUUGACCCGGCUCUACAUCUACGCUUACGAGCAUGUAUUUUCAUGGACCGGGGAACGCGAAAGACUGCGCAGACAACUACAGCAAGCGACUACCUACGACGAAUGGCAAGAAGCCGCCCACCGUCUCGACCAGUAUCUUGGGAAUGAGGAGUGGAAGCACUCCGACCCAUACUCCUAUUACAACCACCAAACCGUGAAAAAGGUCACCGCCCAACUGGCCGAGCUACAUCGGAGAGCGAUAGCCGAGUCUCAAAGACACCAAGGGGGAGAUGGCGGCCUCGUGGCAUUGAAUGAAUUGAAGUCACUGCUCGAAAGUUGCGUCAAGAACAACUUUGUUGGCGUGGAAAAUCCACAUCUGUACAGUGAGACUUAUAUUGGUACGAAGGACUUGAUACAAACCUUCGUCGAUCAAGUUGAGCGAAGUCUUCGAUUCGUGCUCGAGAAUAAACAAAUCACCGACAAAGAAAAGGUAUCAUUCUUCCGGCAUCUCGAAUUAAACUAUGGGCGCACGGCACUUUGCCUUUCUGGGGGCGCGACCUUUGCGUAUUACCAUUUCGGUAUUGUCAAAGCCCUGCUUGACACAGGUCAGCUUCCUGAAAUUAUCACCGGUACGUCUGGCGGCGCUCUGGUGGCGGCCCUGGUGGCGACCAGAACGGACGAGGAAUUAAAGAAACUCCUGGUACCGGCAUUGGCAUAUCGUAUCAGGGCCUGUCACGAGGGAUUUGCCACAUGGAUUCGCAGAUGGUGGCGUACUGGUGCGAGAUUCGAUUCGCUUGACUGGGCGAUGCAAUGCAGCUGGUUCUGCCGGGGCUCGUUGACUUUUCGAGAAGCAUAUCAGAGAACUGGCCGCAUCCUCAACGUCUCAUGUGUUCCCUCUGAUCCCCAUUCCCCAACGAUCUUGAAUAACCACAUUACGAGUCCCGACUGCGUCAUUUGGUCUGCGGUGCUUGCGUCUGCGGCUGUCCCUGGAAUUCUCAACCCAAUCGUGCUAAUGCGAAAGACGAACGACGGAAAACUGGUGCCUUACUCAUUUGGCAACAAAUGGAAAGAUGGAAGCUUGCGUACAGACAUUCCCUUGAAAGCACUCAACAUCCACUUCAACGUCAACUUCUCCAUUGUUUCUCAGGUCAACCCGCAUAUCAAUUUGUUCUUCUUCUCACCUCGAGGAUCACCAGGUCGGCCAGUCACACAUCGCAAGGGCCGAGGCUGGCGUGGAGGAUUCCUUGGGUCCACCAUUGAGACCUCGGUGAAGCUCGAUCUACAAAAAUAUCUCAAGAUUCUGCGACACCUUGAGCUGCUGCCUCGGCCCCUGGGUCAGGAUUGGAGUGAGAUUUGGCUACAACGAUUCUCUGGAACGGUGACCAUCUGGCCCAAAACGAUCAUUAGCGACUUUUGGAACAUCCUCACCGACCCUACUCCUCGUCGACUGGAUCGAAUGCUCAUCGUCGGGCAGCGUAGCUGCUGGCCAAAGAUUCGCUUCAUCUCCAAUCGCUUGAAGAUUGAAAGGGUCAUUCUGGAGGGGCUGCGAAUGGGAGGUCCCAUUGACGACGGCGGGCGUGUGCCAAACCCUGUCCUUGAGCAACAGGCUCAGGAGGCUCUCCUACGCGCCCGGAGACGACCUGGGACCGAUGAAAACUCGUCGUCAACAGAAAACAAACUCCUCAAACCAGCAAUGUCGCCUGUGCGGAGGCAAAGCAGUAUCCUUGAGGAACUCACAAGACAGGCUUCCGUGCUGUGGCAUGACGACGGGGCCACUGAGGGAGAGGAUGACGCUGUGACAACAGAUGACGCGGAGGGUGAAGACGGCCUGGUACAAUCCCCUGCAGAGAUGACACAAUGA